UCAUUCGUUCUUCUAUCGCCUGUGAAGUGAUAACGCUCAGUUUCAAGCUCCGUUGAUCGGUGUCUUCCUUGCCUCCGGGUGUGCGCGCGUGUGUGUGUGUUGUGUGUACGUGUGAGCGUGUGUUCGUUUGUGCGUGAGUGCGUUUGUGCGUGUGAGCAAAAGAUAGUGUGCUACGGGUAUCCUUCAGUGUGACUCUAUCGCAGUCAGAACGCAACCAGGCCGUUCGAUCUCCUAACUCGACAAGCACUUUCCUUCGUAGCACCUUUGUCUAUCUUCCGCUCCGCCACAGCCACCACAAACCGGUCGCACACGCCCUGCGUUAAAAUCGUCGCUCGUUUCGUAAAAAGCAUCAAAUCCGUCAACAUGCACACCUCGCCAUCCAAGGUAAUGGCGUGCCAGGUGAUCCAGAUCUUCUUGGAAGAAUGCGACGAGAACGGAUACCCAUCCCGGCGCCGUUCUCUGGUCGACGAUGCCCGCUUUGAGACGAUUGUGGUCAAGCAAACCAAACAAACCGUCCUGGACGAGGCCCGCGCAAAGGCCAACGAAGACAAACUUCCGCAAGAGGUUCAACAGACAGUCGAGGAUCAGGACAAUGACGAGGAGGAAAUCCGAAUGGUUGCAGUCGAUGACCUGCCGCAGAAGCCAGAGGAACACGUCCCAAGUGCCAACGAUGAGGAGAAGGAAACAGACGCCGGGCUGACGGAGGAGGAGGUGGUGUUGCAGAACGCUGCCUCGGAGUCGCCCGAAGCCGAGAAGGAGGUGGUCCGCGCCGCGGUGGUCGUCCGACUGCGUGACGGCAUGGGCUCCCUGGGACGCAUCCUCAAGGCGGUGGAGGGCUACCACGGCACGGUGGUUCACCUGGAGUCGCGCCAGUCGCGCAGCGACGGUGUCGCCUUCGACGUGCUGAUCAAGGUGGACAUGGCCCGCUCCAACCUGCUGCAGCUCAUCCGCUCGCUGCGCCAGACGCAGUCCUUCGGUAGCGUUAGCUUGCUGUCGGAGAACAACGUCAACGUGAAGGCGCCCUGGUUCCCCAAGCACGCCUCCGAGCUGGACAACUGCAACCAUCUGAUGACCAAGUACGAGCCGGAUCUUGACAUGAACCACCCCGGUUUCGCAGAUCAGGUGUACCGCGCUCGUCGCAAGGAGAUCGCCGAAAUUGCGUUCGCCUACCGAUAUGGAGACCCGAUCCCGCACAUCAACUACACCGAGACGGAGAACAAGACCUGGUCCGCGGUGUUCACCCGCGUCAAGGAGCUGAUGGUGAAGCACGCCUGCUCCGAGUACAUCGCCGUCUUCAAGAAGCUCGAGGAGGAGAAGAUCUUCGUCAACGAGCGGCUCCCGCAGCUGCAGGAAAUGAGCGAUUUCCUGCGCCGCAACACCGGAUUCACGCUCCGACCGGCCGCCGGUCUGCUGACGGCUCGCGAUUUUCUCGCCUCGCUGGCGUUCCGCAUCUUCCAGAGCACGCAGUACGUGCGACACAUCAACUCGCCCUACCACACGCCGGAACCCGAUUGCAUUCACGAGCUGCUCGGCCACAUGCCGCUGCUGGCGGAUCCCAGCUUCGCGCAGUUCUCGCAAGAAAUCGGAUUAGCCUCGCUCGGUGCCUCGGAUGAGGAAAUUGAAAAGCUAUCGACGGUCUACUGGUUCACGGUCGAGUUCGGACUGUGCAAGGAGAAGAACGAAGUCAAGGCGUACGGUGCCGGUCUGCUGUCCGCCUACGGCGAGCUGCUGCACGCCAUCAGCGACAAGCCCGAGCACCGCCCGUUCGACCCGGCCUCGACCGCCGUCCAGCCGUACCAGGACCAGGAGUACCAGCCGAUCUACUACGUCGCCGAGAGCUUCGAGGACGCGAAGGAGAAGUUCCGCCGCUGGGUGUCGACCAUGUCGCGACCGUUCGAGGUCCGCUUCAACCCUCACACCGAGCGCGUCGAGGUGCUCGACUCGGUCGACAAGCUGGACACGCUCGUGUCCCAGCUCAACACCGAACUGCUGCACCUCACCAAUGCCAUCGAGAAGCUGCGGCAGCCGUUCUGCUAAAGCUCUGACGCACGUACGACGUCAGUUCCGCUCCGUGCCGCAUCGGGGAAGCAUUGACUGCUUCCGGUCGGAGUGGACACCAAACAGCACCACCACCAGCAGCGGCAGCAGCAGCAGCAGCAGCAGCAUGUGAUCAGAUGCGAGUGAGAGACAGAGCGUGAAAGAGGGCGAAAGAGAGAGCGUUGGAACGGGAAAGAGCGAGAGUGAGAGAGAGAGAGAAAAGCGAGACACUAAAGCAAAGCUAAAUGGAAAUAUGGCCCCAUCGACAAGGACAAUAUUUAGUGGCGUCCUGGAAACGAACCAGCGUCCCUCUACGAAGUCUACGCCAAUACGCGAUGUAUACUACAACUACCCGUGCUAUCUUCCAGCGCUACUGAACAGUAUUCCAAACCCCAGCUUUUCCACCCACUCUAAAGGGGGGCGGCAAAAAAUGUGCGAUCUCGCACGAGCUGUGCGAGAUUGUGCGCUUUUUUCCCCGUCCUCAAUCCCCCAUUACGUAUGCCUGCGUAUACGAUCGAACUAGUAUCCAUCGCGGGGGCCACCAAGUUCCCGGGAAGUUGUGCGCUCGAACCAACACCACCUGCACCACCGCAUCCGGAACGCCGGAAAGAAGAAAGGGGCGCCCUCAGUUCCCUGUUUAACAUCAACAGCACGUGACGACGGUGCGGCACUCGUAUUGUCCGGAAGAUACGGGCCCCCCAUCGUCGGGCCGGAUGGAGGGUGGGCGCCCCGAAAAGGGGAACAAGGUGGUCCCAACGCGCUCCAACGAAGAAGCAAAGAAGAUAGCUGUACAGCUUCGGUUUUUCGAAGCUCGCAAGCCCUCGCAAAACGAAGUGAACGUGGAACGUGACGCGAAUCACUCUCUCUGGGCCGGCCCAGGGAGGUUGAAAAAGCGAAAGAGAGAGAGAGAGAGAAAGAGAGAAGCAGAGAGAGAGAGAGAAACAGAGGAGGACGAACGGAAACAAAAGGAUAACAAACAGCCAGCCGACCGGAUGUGCCCGGUCGGCACUCCCUAGAAGAUCCUCAGACCGACGACUAUUCGGUGGUCGAGUAGUAGAAACCCUCGUGAUCGUGUUCUGAGCGUCCGUGACUUCUCCGCCGACUCGCACCCCCAACCCGCACACCUGCUUAGUGUGUGGAGGUGUAUGGGUGCGUGGGUGCGAACGCGAGCCUACAGCGAACCGUGAAGGAAGGCCCUUCGCUACCAUGGUGUGGAGCGAAGCGAUCCUUCACCGUUCGCAAAGAUAAUCUUACGGACACAUUGGUGCACGCUACGACGGACGCGCACAGUUUAAGCAGUAUUCCAACCGAUGCCUGCCAAAUCCACGCAAAAGGACAAACAAACACAAGCACACACUCCCACCGUUCCCCGUCCGUUCAGCCUCCCUCUUCCCCGAGCACUUCAUAUCCCUCAAGCACCGAUCCUUCGGGUUCCGAGGGGUAUCCAAGUUCCGAGUGGGUCCCCUUUCCGAGUAUCUCUCCUUCCUCGCUCCCUCCUCUCUUGUCCCCUUCCCGUUCCAACUGUGUCCUGCUCUCCUUUUCCAACAAAAAAAAAAAAAUACCUUCUUUCCCACCCAGCUCCAUCUCUCCCGCACAAAAGUAAACCUAUCCUAAUUGUAAACAACCUGUUGUGUACGUCCUGUCAAUCGUAGCGUAGGAGAGUAUUGUUUUUUUGGAGAAGAACAUAUUUUUUAUUUAAAAUAAUUUAAGUAUUAUAUACUAUUUAAAGUUUAGUGUUUAAACUUAAAUUAUUCACUUGACUUGAGCAGAUACUUUGUUUUUCGUUAUAAGCAGCGAAAGCAUGACGAAUACCGUUGUAGUGCUUAGGAGGACGGACAGAGUUAGGGCUCGUCAGAGUCAUCGGCAGAAGGUGAUCGUGAUCGUGAUGGUCCGGUUCGGAGACGCACAGGGUGAAACGUUUGGCGGAAUUUUGCAUCCGUGUCGGGUUCCAGGCCAGCAACCGAGUUCAUCUGCCCUUCGCCCAUCGUAGAGGGAGUGACUGCUCGAUACGAUACUUCAACAUCCGGUGGACUGCAGCGAAUGCGGCAACGGUGCGGACUCUCGGUAUCGCGGAGAAGCUUCCCGUUUCGCUGAACCUGGGCGCAUCCGGUUCCAACCACCGUUACGAUCACGAGCGCUAGUGAACUUACUUUACGCAAGUAUUAGCGGUUAGGUGCGGUAUGCAGUAAGCUAGGUUUAGUAGGGUACACCUUCUGUGGCUCCGGUCACCACCAACACAGCAACGUUCUCGGCAAGACAGGUUGAAAGAGCGAAAUCCUAAACGAACGAAACACACUGCAACGAAAAUUUAUCCUCGACUGUCUGUAAUCUCAUGUUUGUUUUUUUAAUUGUGUAUUUUAAAAACUGUGUAUAAAGCAACAAGUUUAAGGGCGGAAAAUUAUAUUUAUAUUUAUACGAGACAAUCUUAGCACGCGCACGUUUAAGAAAGCGAGAAAAAAUGUAUAAAAAAAAUAAAGAUUACAAUUUUCCGUCUUAAUGAAAAA